CUUCGCGCUUUCUGAAACCUCCCUGAAGGCAAAAUGGCUCGAGAAGGGGCUCUGUGGAUGGGUGAUCUGGCAGAUUACAUGGAUGAAAACUUUAUCAUUGCUGCUUUCCGUGCUCUUGGCGAGGAGAAUCAGAAUGUAAAGGUGAUGAAGAACAGGUACACAGGCCACCCAGCUGGCUACUGCUUUGUCAACUUCUCCUCGGACCAGGCUGCUUUGACCGCCAUGCACAAGCUCAAUGGGAAGGAUCCGCAUAGUCAGCCGCCUGUGCGAUUCAAGCUGAACCACAGCAGUACACGUGGUAACAACACAGAUAAAGAGUAUUCUUUGUGGGUGGGUGACCUUACACCUGAUGUGGAUGACUUCGCCCUAUACAAGACUUUUGGGAGCAGAUAUAACAGUAUCAAGACAGCAAAAGUUAUAUAUGACCCAAAUGGACAAAGCAAAGGAUUUGCUUUUGUGAGGUUUUAUUCAGAAGAUGAGUACAAAGAUGCCCUCACACAUAUGAAUGGCUUCAAGGGCCUGGGCCAGAAGCCUCUGAAAGUGAGUUAUGCUGUGCCCAAGAAGCAGCAUUACCCUGGCAUGAAUCACAUGGGCGGUGACUAUAGCCAGUACUAUGAGCAGUACUGGAACAAUUAUGCUGCUUGGCAAAACUACGGCACGUACUAUGACCCCUACUCAUCUUCCUAUGGAGACUACAACACUGGCUUGGAAGGAGGCACAGGAGAUGCAAAGGACACAAGCAAGGAAGAUUUCGAACCAGUGGAAUGGAAUGUCCCCAUUGAUGUUGACAAGGCCAAUGCAGAGUACAUUGAGAGGAGUGAGGAAUUGUGGCAGGCGAUUGAGAAGGCUCGCUGGACUUUCUGGGAAGAGGCCAAGGAAGAUGAAUGAGAUAAAGAGAAAAGACGCAGCAGUAAAGUUUAAAGACGGAUUGAAUUGUCUCCUUAUCUGUAUUUAAACCAUUUAAGAUUGUUGGUUUGCUUCUCCAUAUUCUUUAAAAAAAAAAAAAACACAAAAAACAUUGUAUGAAUGUGUAAUAUUUUUGUUUGUUUUCCAAAUACAUGUAUAAAAUUAAUAGUAGGUGUUGCCAAUGGUGAGAGGCUAUUUUCUUUUCUUUGUCCCUUUUUAUUUUAUUUUAUUUUUGAGUCUUUUGGUAAGAAUGUUAUUCCAUAUCAAAGGCAGGAGUAGGAGGAAUAAGAUAAGAUCAGUGAAUAAUAAAAGUUUAUCUCUGUUAUUUAAUGUAGAAAGAAGCUUCAUAUUGAUGUAAAGUUCAUUCAUGAAUGAGCAAUAGUUGUGGACAUGAUUGAUUUUAUGAUUUCUACACAAGAAUUAUGAAAAAAAGUUAUGCAAAUUGUACCUAAUUUAUUUAGUAUAAUGCACAGGUUUUCACUUGUGAAUUUUUCUUUUAAUGUACUGAUUUAUAUUAUGUUUGUAUUUUCCUAUAAUCUUUUACAUUUAGAUGUGUAUCACUUUCUAAGAUUGUCUAUAGAUGAUGCAGUAGCAAGAUCUCUUUUCAUGUCAGCAGUCUUACACUAUAUUUUUGUACCUGUAGGAUUACAUGAUACAAAGAGGGAAUUUGUAUGUCAGUAUAAAGUUGCUGUCGGAGGCAAGCUCACGAAGCUCAAGCAUUGGUGUACAUAAGUCGUGUGAUCUUGUUAUUAACUGGUUUAACACAUGUUGGCUUGGUACUUGUGCAGGCUUGUGGCUUUUUGGCAUGGCUCGUCAGCAGUGCAAUCUAUCUGUU